GUCUUCGCUAUGUUUAACAUAAAAGCGCCGAUGAUUUAGAUAUAAAUUAAUUUGUAAGUAGUCAUGUAUGGGCAGAGCUUUUUACAAUUUUGUAAAGAAGACCUUCAUGCCACGCAUGGUCUUAGACUUGGCAGAUAUUCAAGAAAGCAAAUGAACAUUAUUAUUUAUGUUCAAAUUCGUUAUGUACUUAGGCGAUUGAACAGUGUACUUUUUGGAUUUCCUGUAGGCUUCACGGAAGCCGAACUGGUGGAACGGAAUCAGUUUAGACUUGACAAGUCCUGGAGUAAGUCGUAUCAUAAAGUGGAUUUCAAGGUAUUUUAGCUAAUUGGGAGGAAGCUUACUGUCCGGUAUUAUACGACAGUAUCCGGGUCUUGGGCCCGCUUUUGGUUAUGAGAAUUAUUUCGGCAACCUUCCUUAUGCGAUAACGCACAAACUUUCCCGAACGUUGUAAAUCUCUAGUCUAGCAGGGCGAAGCCUGUAUCAGGAAGUUCUUACAAUGUUUUUGCAGCAUUAAGAUCGUAUUCAGGUGCCCUAUUAACUUCUGGUUUUCCAAUAGACUUUCAUUCUUGUUGAAUUUUUAAUAGGCUGUGCUUUUUGUGGAUUAAGAAAUUAGCAUUUUAACUAAAAAGUUAAAAAGCUAAUUUCCUUGUUUCAUAUACAUUCUUGAAGUUUAUAAGUUUAUAAUAUUUUUCGGUAAUACAGAUGAAGCAGAAACAGAACUAAAUAAAAUGGAUCAAGAAAAUAAUAGAUUCAUUGGCAGCAGCAGAGAAGAUCUAUUAUGUGUCGAAAGAAAUAUGGUAAAAGAGCGAUCUGUGCAGGAUCAAGCAGUAAACAAUCAUGAAAAAACUAAAAUCAAGAGAGAAAUCUCAGAAUUUGGCGAGGAAGUACCAAUUAUAAAAAAUUGUAAUGAGUCUCAACAGGAUAAUAUAGAACCAAAUAAUGAAGACAUUCAAAAGCAGUCUUUAUAUGUUAAUGAUUUUAAAAUUUUGAAAAAACAUAAUAUGACAUGUACCGAAGGAAAAUCCUUUCCAUGUGAUAUAUGCGGCAAAAUUUUCAAUAAAUUGAGUACAUUAAAGAGACAUUCUAGUAUGCAUACUGGUGAAAAACCAUACUCUUGCAUUGAAUGUGGUAAGAGUUUCAGUCAAAGUAGUCAUUUGAGGAGACAUAGUAAUAUUCAUACCAAGGUAAAACCCUUUUCUUUUUCAACACAUAGUGAUGAUAAACCCUUUUCAUGUACUGAGUGUGGUAAAAGUUUCAAUCGAUCUGGUAAUUUGAAGACACAUAAAAGAAUACAUACCGGAGAAAGGCCUUAUUCAUGUAAUAUAUGUGACAAGAGAUUCAAUAAAUUGAGUACAUUGAAGAGACAUUUUAGUAUUCAUACUGGUGAAAAACCAUACUCAUGCAUUGAAUGUGGUAAGAGUUUCAGUCAAAGUAGUCAUUUGAGGAGACAUAGUAGUAUUCAUACCGGGGUGAAACCCUUUUCUUGUACAACACAUAGUGAUGAAAAACCCUGUUCAUGUAUAACACAUAGUGAUGAAAAACACUAUUCAUGUACAACACAUAGUGAUGAAAAACCCUAUUCCUGUACUGUAUGCGGCAAAAGUUUCAAUCGAUUUGGUAAUUUGAAAACACACAAAAGAAUACAUACUGGAGAAAGGCCUUAUUCGUGUAAAAUGUGUGGCAAGAGAUUCAAUGAUUUGAGUGCAUUGAAGAGACAUUUUAGUAUGCAUACUGGUGAAAAACCAUAUUCAUGUAUUGAAUGUGGUAAGUGUUUCAGUUUGGGUAGUCAUUUGAGGAGACAUAGUAGUAUUCAUACUAGGGUGAAACCCUUUUCUUGUAAUAUCUGUGGUAAAAGUUUCAAUUUUGCUGGUCAUUUAAAGAGACAUAAUACAAUACAUACUGGUGAAAAGCUCUAUUCAUGUGAUACAUGUGGUAAGCCUUUCCAACGAUUAGGAUCAUUGGCGCGACAUAUUACAACACAUACCGGUGAAAGGCCCUAUUCAUGUAACAUAUGUGGCAAAAGUUUCAAUCAACGUGGUAUAUUGCAGAAGCACAUGAUUAUACAUAAAUAGUUGUUCUAAAUUUUGUAAUGUUGAUGUGAAAUGUUUUAUUUAUUGUGGGUAUUUCAAAUAUGUGGUGACAGAAUAUACAUACUGGUGAAAAGGCGUAUUCAUAAAAUGUGUUGAAAAUUCUAUCAAUUGUGGUAAUUAAACACUAUAGUAACGUUAUUGGCUUCGACAGAAUAUAUCGUUUCUUAGAAGUCAUACUGAAGGAAAAUUUUAACCUACUUUUGGAAUGCAUAGAUUAUUACGAAUAGAUGAUAGAAUGAAAAAUCAUAAAAAUGCGGAAGCCAUAAAAUUAAGUCAUUUUUGAUUUAAAAAAUCAUCAAUAAGAAUCCACGCGUUUAGUGUUGAGCGCGACAAACAUACAGCUGACAGGAUUUGUUUAUUAUUUGGAAUCUAGUUUAAUACCAUCCAGGAGACUCAAUUUAACCAAAAGUAUGGAAAAGUAAAGAAAAUCAAAAAUAUUGCUCCCCAAUUAUGUUUAUUCGUCAGUUAAUGUUGCGAUACUGAAUUUUUUUCAAAAAGUACAGUAAAGUUAUACCAGUUUUUAAGUCUAAUAAGAAAAAUACUAACAAUUAAAAGACCAGUUUCUAUUCUGCCUACAAUCAGUAAAAAAAAUGAGAAAAUAAUUUUAAAUCAAUUGUUAAACCAUUUCUCUGUCAAUAAUAAUAAAUGGCAUUCUAAACAAUUUGGUUUUACAAAAGGUCGUUCAACAUCUGAUGCCGGUAUGGCGUUGAUUCGACACAUAUUUAAUGCUUGGGAGAAAUCAGAUAACGCCGUAGGAAUAUUCUGUGAUCUGUAGAAAGCAUUGGAUUGCGUAGACCAUUCUACUCUUAUCGGUAAGCUCAAUUAUUAUUGAAUAAAAAGCAAAUCACUUUUUCUUAUUACUUCAUACUUAGCUAAUAGAAGCCAGAAAGUAGUAUUUAAUAAUGAACAUUUAUCACGAGCGGGAUAUAUAUAUAUAUAUAUCCGCUCGUGAUACGAUAUAUAUAUAUAUCCAUCAUUUUAUACGGAGGGGCGUGUUUCAGGGUUCAAUCCUAGGACCUUUCUUAUUCCUAGUCUAUAUUAAUGAUUUGCCAUUUGUAGCCUCGAAAGAAUGUGAAAUUGUUUUAUUCGCUGACUCUUCAUUAGUUUAAAAUAUUGAUAGACGUUCAAAAUUAAUAUUUUGUCACCAAAAGCGAGCAAAUCAAAAUGUAUUGAAUUCUCCCUACCAAAUGUAAAAAAAUAUAUCAAGAAGUAUUCUUGGUAGUAAUAUUAAAUGGGGAACCUUUAAAACUUAUUGCUUCUACUUCGUUUCUUGGAAUAGUAUGAGAUGGAAAACUACGAUGGGGCGCUCAUAUUGAGGCAAUCUCAAAUAAACUCAGUUCUGCUACUUUUGCCACCAGAUGAAUUAAAAUCUUACUGAUACUAACACAGCGAGAUUUGUUUAUUUCAGUUAUUUCCAUAGAAUUAUGCCAGCUGAUAUCGAAAUAAUACUUGUUUUGCACAAAAGGGCGAUUAAACCCAUCUAUAGUCUGAAUUCUAGAGAAUCCUUUAGAAAUCACUUUAAACACAUAGGAGUUCUAACAAUAGCUUCCCAAUUCAUUUAUAGUAAUAUAUGUAUAGUUUAUAAUAGAAGGAAUGAAUACAUUCAAAAUAAAGAUGUACAUACCAUCAAUACAAGAAAUAAAAAUAAAAUGGCUAUUCCAAAAAGAGAGACAGUAAAAUGCAACAUUCAUUUUCUUGUCUCAGUGUGCAGUUCUUUAACAACAAAACAUUUUCGAUACAAUUCCAAAAUCUGACUUUAGCUGCUGUGAAGAACAAGGUGUUGAGUGAGUUGUUUACAUGACGUGUGAUUUAAAUUAAGGUAUUUUUUUAAAAUAUAACUAUAACUUCAUAUGCAUACCAAUGUUUUUGUCAAUAAUUUUAUUUUUAAGCGACUCAGAAUCAGAGAUACAUAAUUGUUAAAUAAAUUUGUUUGUUAGUCCUACUCUAUAAAUCAUACAGUAUCAAAACAUACCAUACCCCCCUCUCCAACCCGAAUAUGACGCUCCUGUGAUUCCCCUGGUAUUGCAAGAGAACGUGGGCGGCGGUGAUCACUUAACACAAGGUGACACAUACACUCGUUUGUCUCAUUUUCCAUAAAAAAAAUCAGUCGCUAUUUACUUUACGAUUUGAAAAAGAUCAAAUCAAAAUCACUUUAUUAAUUUAGGUCACGGAAAUUACACUUAUGAAUGUCAAAAAAAAUAUUAUUAAAUCUACCGUUACUUCGUAAAGGGUUGAGCUAAUAAGACGAAGUAGCAAGAAUCAUUGCCACUCUUUUAAAUCAAGAUUUACAUUUUUCAAAUAAUUUCAAUUACAAUAUAAUAUGUAAAGUGAUGCAACAAACAUAAUCAAACGUCAAAUAGUCAAUGCCUUACACGAGAUAAUCAAAAAACUAAAUGUAAAUACCAAAAUACCAAACAAAAUUUAUUGAGUACAUUAGCUGCAUCACCCACACACACCGUAAAGAAAUAAAGGUAUUCUGUGAGCAUUCUAUGAGCCUGACGCAUGAGCCAGCCAUCGCCUCUACAAUAUAUUUUAAAAAUUUUACUAAACACGUCUACUUACAAUUUUAACCAUUUAGCUUAUAGUAUAAUAAUUCAUAAUUAUAGAUAUUAUUAUAUUUAAUAAAGUGUAAUUUAAGCUCAAAUCAUUUAGAAGAGCAAGUCAUAUCCAAGCUUUCUUAUCAUAUAAAAUCUAAAUAAUCCUUUAAAUUGUAAUACGAUUUUUCUAUAAGUUUAUGUUUAAUAUUGGCUUUGAACUUGUUUAGGGACAAUUCCAUUAUGUUCUCAGGAAGCUUAUUAUAAAAUCUAACGAAAUUACCGAUAAAUGAUUGUCGAGUAUACUUAACCUAGAAGUGGGGAUUAUUAGUUAGGUGUGUAUAAAAUAGUGUGCGUCUCUGAAUGCCGGAUAGAAGUGAUAGCUAAAACUAAUUUAAAGUUAAACUUGUUAAUAUUGAAAUUGUUUAACUAGAUAAAAGCUUAGAUUUUAUGCAAAUUAAUACGAUAAUGUAAGGAAAUUAAUAUUAAAUGAUUGUAAAAUAUAUUCUUAGUUACAAUUAUUGAAUAUGUACAUUAGAACUUUGUGUAAGUUAUACAUUAUUACUAUAAUUAUUUAAUCAUAUAAAAGUAACAAUUGGUUAGAGUGAGAGAGGAGGAGCCUGUCUACCGCUGCCGUAUGCGUGAGAGAAAGGGAAGACAGACAGACUGGCGCCGUAACGCGUUACGUUACGAAGCGGUUUAACCUCCCAUUAGAAGUAUCGCUUCAAUAAAUAAACUGUGUAAAUGUAAAUGAUCCGUUAAGUGUAAUAAGUAGGUGAUUCGUUACAUUAAGUGAGUUUGACGAUUAUAUUAGUCAUCAUGUAUGUGAAUGAAGGAGAUUUAAGCCUGUGUUUCCGUCACUGCGAUGCGGAUUCGAAACUGUAACCAAGGUUCUUAAUUAAUAAUAAAAAUAAAUUGUUA